GUCCGUGGCACUGCCUUCAAAGAGUCUUCCUCUCUCUCCAACCUUCUCCUUCUCUUUCUUUUCCUUUGCAUUCAUCUUGUCUUUAGACCCAAGGGAGCUGGACUCCGUUUCUAAUCGUUACUCUUAAUCACUUGCUAUCCAUUGCUGGCCAACCAUCCCAAAUCCUACCAUCCUCAUCCAUUGGAUACCAUCACUUCGUCUUGAACUUGUACUGCGUUCAGUUCACUACCUAGUCUCUCUAUCUCCAUUAUCACCUCUUCACAAUGUUCCACCGUCAGACCACACCACCAUCGGUGCCUUUCAACUUCAUGCCUGGUAGCGUGGGUUCGUCACAUGAUGGAGCAUUUUACUCCAACGACUCCUCGCCCGACUCUGUCACCACGAACAACACUUCCCCACCGCGAUCUCCCAUUCGUCAACAUGGUCCGCUUCUGCUUCCCAAGGUCCGCACUCAGGAUCAGAUCGCCGAACCCACAGGUGGCCCAGUGAGGCAUCGUCGAAAUACCUCUACCUCCAGCAUCGGCUAUGCCUCCUCUUACUCUCCCUACUCGCGACCAAGCUCAAUGGUACGAAGGGGAUCUAGCCCUUUCAACCAUAACAUCCACAGUGCUGUUACCUCGCCCUGCUCUGCAUCUUCCUAUGACAUGAGCAUCAAUGCCUCCACUCUCAACUCUCCAAUUACAUUCACUCCUGUUGAGGCAAGGCGACCAUCCAUUGCACAUUCCCGAUCCCACUCUGCAACAGGGCUCAGGAGGGGACAUUCCCGCGCUGGUUCGGCGGGCAGUAUCGAUGAAUCAGUAAUCAGCCGCUAUGGCUUCCCUACCUACCGCAAUCUCCCCAGCUAUGUUGCCUCCUCAAGCGCAUCGCAACCUAAUCUGAACCUCGUUACCUCUUUCCCUCCUCCUACCUAUCCCGCAGCCUACACUCAAGUCCAAGAGGUCGCACAAUAUACUGCAACUACCACUGCAGACUUCUCCAUUCCCGACUUCGAGCCGGCGCCUGCUGUACAGAACCCCUGGGCCGCGGACCUCAACUUCGAUGCCUUCCCAUCCGACUCGACGUCCUCUCUUCUUGACUACCUCACUUCCCCUAACCCAUCUCCUCACUUGGUCCGUCGCAUCACCAGUGUCACUCGCGGUCUCAACAACCACUUCUGGUGGGACAUUCGCAAUCUCCGAAGCUGGACUGACUUCAACAUCUCCACUAUCACCGCUCUUCCCUCCGUGUUAGACCUUCUUAAGAUCCCCAUUCCCUCUAACAUGUUACCGGAACCCACGCGGUCCUCCCUCCAGCCCGAGACCGAAUCUGCACUCCAUGACAUUUACUCCAACUACUACGCCACCAAGGUCAAUGCCGCCCUCGAGGUUGCUCAGGGCAGUGCUCACAUGGUGAUGCGAUCUCUCAAAACCACCCCUGGAGCGCGCCAGCAACCGGAGUUCGUCGCCAACUACACGAAUGAUUACGACAAGACCAUCUACGGUGACAGCCGCGGUCGCGUUGUUGGCCUCGUCAAGUGCUACGACCAGUGGAACACUGGCAUGCGAGGCGAGUCACCGCCCAAGCAGGUCCUCUACCUCCAGGGUCUUGCACAUCUCCACCGCGUUAUGCGUGAGCACGGAUGCCGCUACGGUUUCAUCAUGACUGAGAUUGAGCUUCUGUGCGUUCGAUGCGGUGGACCCUCAUCUGCUACCACUGUCGAUCCUACGACCGUCAAUGCCAAAGCCGGAACCCCAAUCUUCGGUUAUCUCGAGGUCUCUGCGCCAAUCACCCUCUCUACCUCUGGUCUGAAUCCAUCGACCGGCGAUAUCCAGAUGACUGCCGGCAUUGCUCUGUGGUAUCUGCACAUGCUUGCCAAGGAGAACCCAUUCGAGGGAAUGGGUACCUGGAGGAUGGAGGUCGGCGGACCUGCAGCCCUUUCCAGGCAAAAUUUCCUCGAGAAAGAUACGUGGAUCCCCAAGCCCAACCUGAGCGAGAAGAGGGAGGCGAAGAGGGUCAGGGGAUGGGUGUUCCCCGAUGAGCCCUUGAGCAAGAGGGAGUGCGGACGGGGGAAGAGGGCGAAGAGUCAAGGAUAGAACGAGGAAAAUACGACGAAGAAGCGCGAAGCUUCGAACGCAAUGGGUGUAAUAUCUGGGCUUAUUGGCUCACAACAGGUUAAAAGCAGGAGGAUCACUUGAAGCUGCCGGUCCAGCAACGGUGCUAACACUAAUAGCACGCGCACUUUUACUUUCUAUACACUCCCUCCCCGCCGUGAGUGAAAGCAUUUGUCGGCGUUACAUUGUAGCAUUUUUAGUGGGCGUUUCUUAAUGUUCUCGAUUUAUUGUUCAUCCGUCCAUUCCUUGGCGGCCCUGCAAUUGUUGCGAGGGGUCAGUUGCCUUAUAGGGACUAUUACUUUGUAUGAAGAUGAAAAGACGCCACGAACUGCAAUAUAAGACAAUAUCCAAUUACCAU